AUGGAUGGAUCAUUCCAAGGUGGCACUGGUGUGGAUUUCUUAUUGCGAAACUACAAGCUAGGGAAGACUCUUGGAAUUGGUUCAUUUGGAAAAGUUAAAGUUGCCGUACAUAUGUUGACAGGGCACAAAGUUGCUGUCAAGAUUCUUAACCGUCGUAAAAUAAAGAAUAUGGACAUGGAAGAAAAAGUUAGAAGAGAAAUCAAAAUACUGAGAUUGUUUAUGCAUCCCCAUAUUAUACGUCUCUAUGAGGUUAUUGAGACACCAACAGAUAUAUAUGUUGUGAUGGAAUAUGUCAAGUCUGGUGAGCUGUUUGAUUACAUUGUGGAGAAGGGUAGAUUACAGGAGGAUGAAGCGCGCAUUUUCUUUCAGCAGAUUAUUUCUGGAGUGGAGUACUGCCACAGGAAUAUGGUUGUUCAUAGAGAUCUUAAACCUGAGAACCUUCUUUUACAUUCUAAGUCCAAUGUGAAGAUUGCUGAUUUUGGUCUGAGUAAUAUCAUGCGUGAUGGCCAUUUUCUGAAAACAAGUUGUGGAAGCCCAAACUAUGCAGCCCCAGAGGUUAUUUCUGGGAAACUGUAUGCGGGGCCAGAAGUAGACGUGUGGAGCUGUGGUGUAAUACUCUACGCACUUCUAUGUGGGACCCUUCCCUUUGACGACGAAAAUAUUCCUAACCUUUUCAAAAAAAUAAAGGGUGGGAUAUAUACCCUUCCAAGUCACUUAUCUGCCAGUGCAAGGGAUUUGAUUCCGAGGAUGCUUGUUGUUGACCCUAUGAAGCGAAUCACAAUUCCUGAGAUUCGUAUUCAUCCCUGGUUCCUAGCUCGUCUGCCUCACUAUUUGGCUGUGUCGCCACCGGAUACAAUGCAACAAGCCCGAAAGAUUGAUGAAGAUAUUCUUCAGGAAGUUGUUAAAAUGGGAUUUGACAGGAAUGCCCUUGUUGAUUCUCUUCGCAACAGAGUUCAAAAUGAGGGUACUGUUACAUACUAUUUGAUGUUAGACAACCGGUUUCGUGUUUACACUGGCUACCUUGGAGCUGAAUUUCAAGAAAGUCUGGAAUUUGGAAGUAACAAUAUGAAUUCAAGUGAGAAUGUGGCAUCGCCUGUUGGGCAUCAUGCUCCUGGAGCUGUUGAUUAUCAACAAUUUGGUGGAAGACAGUUUCCAAUCGAGAGGAAAUGGGCACUUGGGCUCCAGUCCCGAGCCCAUCCUCGUGAAAUAAUGAAUGAAGUUCUCAAGGCUCUGCAAGAAUUGAAUGUAUGCUGGAAAAAGAUUGGGCACUACAACAUGAAAUGCAGGUGGAUUCUUGGCAUUCCUGCACAUCAGGAAGGCAUAGUUGACAAUUCUAUGCAUGGUAAUCAUUACUUUGGAGAUGAAUCUGCCAUUGUAGAGAAUGGUGAUGUUACUCAACUGCAAAAUGUAGUCAAGUUUGAAGUACAGCUGUAUAAAACUCGCGAAGACAAAUACCUGCUCGAUCUACAGAGAGUUCACGGCCCACAAUUUCUCUUUUUGGAUCUUUCUGCUGCAUUCCUUGCCCAGCUCCGUGUCCUCUAA